AUGCAGUUUGUAGAAGACUACGAGCCUACCAAAGCCGACAGCUACAGAAAGAAGGUGGUUCUGGAUGGAGAAGAGGCGCAGAUCGAUAUUCUGGACACGGCGGGGCAGGAGGACUACGCAGCCAUCCGUGACAACUACUUCAGGAGCGGCGAGGGCUUCCUCCUGGUCUUCUCCAUCACAGAGCACGAGUCGUUCACGGCCACGGCCGAGUUCAGGGAACAGAUCCUCCGGGUUAAGGCUGAAGAAGAUAAAAUUCCAUUGCUUGUGGUGGGAAACAAGUCGGACCUGGAGGAGCGGAGGCAGGUGCCGGUGGAGGAGGCGCGGAGCAAGGCGGAGGAGUGGGGCGUGCAGUACGUGGAGACCUCGGCCAAGACCCGGGCCAACGUGGACAAGGUGUUCUUUGACCUAAUGAGAGAAAUCAGAGCAAAGAAGAUGUCAGAAAACAAGGACAGGAACGGCAAGAAAAGCAGCAAGAACAAGAAAAGUUUUAAGGAGAGAUGCUGCUUACUGUGAAUGCCGCGACGGUGGAUGAAGCCAGUUGCCACCGAGGACAUGGGCGGGCCCUUGGAGGAGACUGUAGGCUGCCUCUUGGUGUGCUCCCUGCUCACCCCAGCCUCAUUCACGCAGACUUCUGCAAAUGGGGGAAAAUACUGGUGAAUCAGUGGCUGGAAUAAGAAAUAAGCCCUUGACCUUGCAGUGGACGGGCCACUCAGUCAGGAGGUUUUGGAGUUCCCUUCUUCCUUCAUUUCUCCCCCCUCCCUUCCAGAAGUUUAACCACAUCUGAGGUAGGAAAUAGUCCAAUGGUAGGAAAUAGUCCAAUGGUAAUUCAAGUGAAAGAGGACUGUCAUAGCAUCUUAUUUUCCCCCCAAUUUCACAUUAGUGCCUUUGUUUUGAAAUAAAAAUGUCUUUGUUUUAUUAGGUUUUGGGAGAAGGGUGGGCCCACGUAAGACUCCCUCAACCCUUGUCAACUUAACAGUAGUACUCAGAAAAAUCCAUUAAACUCUAAUGAGGCUGAAAAACUCAGAUUUGGGGGGUACAUUUCUUGGCAAUACCCAGUGGAUUUGAAGCAUAGCUAAAAAAUAAAUUUGAGUUGGGCCAAAGAGGUCAACACCAGGCCCAUAAAUCCUUCUCACAUGAGAAAUGGGAGUUGCAGUCUUCGCAUGUAAGUAUUGGCCAGCGAUCGUCUGCCCGUGUUGGCCGUUUUCCUCCCGUGGCAUCCUGGGCUUGGGGUAGGAGCUUCUUUUCAAAGGGCUGAGUGAAGACUCAAGAGUGGUAGACUUUAUAAAUGAUACACUUUUCUCAUCAGAUUAAAAACAAUUCUUCAGCUAAACCCUCUCCUGAUUGCCAGCCCUGUGGUUAGGCCCGCGUCCCCCGGUCGUCAGCACGCUGUCCUCCCCAUAGCCGCUCUCUGAGAGGACAGGAGAACCUCUCCUGCAAGUGUGCGUGAGUUCUGAAGAAUGCGACGAGUUAAAAUUGCAUUGUAAGCUCCUGCGGCCAGAGCCUGCGCCAGAUCCUGCUGCCUCCCCCAGAGUUGCUGAGUAAUUCUGAAUUUGAAGUUGGAAGGCGUCGGGAAGGAUAAGCCAUUGCUCCUUUACCUCUGAGAACUGGCUGCUGUAUCUAAUAGCAUUUUUUUUUUUCUGAGACAGCCAUAUACCUAGGAAAAUAUUUUUAUUGGUGAGAUGUUCUUAAUCUUUCUUGAAUCUAUUCUAAAUUCAGCAAGCAGAAAAUUUUCCAGCAGGGAAGGAGUACUGUGAUAAAAGCCUAGUAUUCACAUUUUCCCCCAUUUUUCAGAAGGGACAUUUCACACAUAGGUGCCAAAAGUGAAUUGGGGUGGGGAGAGCAGGAACCUUUGAACUCAUGGUUACUAUAGAAAUUGUGGAAAUUAUGAUCUGACUGGAAAACAAUCUUGUAUAACCUCUAAAGAAUCAUGAAUUUUUGAAUAAAAAAAAGCAGACAAAUAC